GGCCUGCGCGGGAGCGACGGGCCUGGGGCGGGGCCUCGGUGGGCGUGGCCACGAAGCACAGGCCAAUGGGAACGCGGCCAGCCCCAGCCACGCUCCACCUCGGAAUGUUGAUACGGCGCGCGGGCCAAUGGGCGCGCUCCGGAGGCGGGGACACAAGGAGGGGGCGGGCCGGCCGUAGCUUCGGGGGCAGAGCGGCGCGGGCGGCUGCCGAUCCAGGGCGGGGGUCGGCGGCCCGGCCAGCCCGGCCCGGCCCGGGGCCGCUUCCCGAGCGUCCGCCCUCGCUGCUGCAGCCUUGGUGCCUGGCCGGCGAGCCAUGGAGGCGGAGCGCCCCCCGGCGCCCGGCCCGGCCUGCGGGCACCCCUCGCCCCGCGCUGCCGGCCCGGAACCCGCGGCCGCGCCCGUGUCGGUGCCCGCGCCGCCGCAGAGCCCCCCAAGGAAAAGCCCGGCUGGAUGAGGUCAUGGCUGCGGCAGCUCUCACAAGCCUGUCCACCAGCCCCCUGUUGCUGGGGCCCCCAGCUGCAGGCUUCCACGCGGAGCCCGGCUCGGAGCCCUGGUCCGAGCCGCCAGUGCAGCCACCAGGCAGUGGCAGCGGCAGCGGUGGGGACUGGGGCUGGGACCUGGCCAGCGAGCAGUCCUCUCCACCCACGCCGUCACCCCCACUGCCCCUGGAGGCAGCCCACUUCCUGUUCGGGGAGCCUGCCCCUCGGAAGAGGAAGGGUGCGGUGCAGGUCCUGUUCCAGUGUCUGUGGAAGCGCUGCGGCGAGGUGCUGGGCACGGCCUCCGGGAUGCAGAGACACAUCCGCCUGGCCCACCUGGGCAGGCGGCAGGCGGAGCCAGAGCAGAGCGACGGCGAGGAGGACUUUUACUACACAGAGCUGGACAUCGGUCUGGAGGUGCUGGCCGGCGGGCUCUCCAGCCUGACCUCCGUGUCCCCCACGGCCUCCCUGCCGCCUGCCUUCCCACGCCUGGAGCUGCCUGAGCCCCCAGCCCUGCCCAGCCUGCUGCGCCCCCUGGCCUUGUCCCCGCCCCAGGUGCUGAGCUCCGAGGCGCACCCCCAGGUGUGCCGCCCUGACCACUCCCACCAGGGCUGCCUGGCACCCGCCAGGCUGCAAGUGCAGCCCAGCCCCGCCGGGGCCCUCGAGCCAGCCCUGCCCUCCACGCGUGGCGCCAGCCUGAGGAAGCCCCGAGGGGAUGCCAAGAAGUGCCGGAAGGCGUACGGCGUGCAGCGCAGGGACCUCUGGUGCACCGCCUGCCGCUGGAAGAAGGCCUGCCAGCGCUUCCUGGGCACCACCCGCUGCCCGGGGCGCCCGGGCUCCCAGAGGAGGAAAUGAGCUGCACCCCACCCCACCCCACCCCUGCCCGGGCCCUCCGAGCCGCAGGGCCUGCUCUUCAAGGGGGCAGGGGCAUCAGGGCCCCCGGAGCCCCAGAGGUGGGGGGGGGGUCUCACCACUCAAAGUGCCUCUGAAGAAACCAGCCUUUUGCACUAAAGCCUGGGGUGGGUGCCGCCCCCCCCACCUGUCCGUGGACUCGUCCAGGGAGCUGAUGGUCCAGCCGCGAGGCCGCGUGGGAGCCGCACCUGGAUGCACUUUGAGGGGUCAGGUGGGGCCUCCCCCGCCGCACCUAACCUGGUGGGCGGUACGGGCCCCGGGGCUGGCGUCGGACCUGGUUUCCGAAGCUCAGGUGUCUUGCGUCUGGGCUGCGCCAGGCGAGGAGAAAAAUUAAAGAUUCGAGCUUUUCCAGAA